UAUAUAUAGGUUUCCCUUAGCUCCUAAUUUCAUCACCCCCACCACCCAAAAUAUUUUUGAGCUUUUUAGAAAUAGAGAGGGAGAGAGAAAUGGAAGGCUCAUCUUCUAAAAUCUUUAUGGCAUCCCUUUUCAUGCUACUUGCCAUUAGUUCAUGCAUAAACCCUAGCUUUGCAGCUUCGGCUAACCAGUUAAGCACUGAGUUCAUUAGAACAUCUUGCAGAUCAACAACCUACCCAAGACUUUGCUUCAGCUCUCUCUCGGUUCAUGCAAAUUCAAUCCAAACAAGCCCUCAACUUCUAGCCAGCACAGCCCUCAAUGUGACUCUGUUCUCCGCUCAAUCAACCUCUACCGCGAUGGCGAGGAUCUCAAGAACCAAAGGGAUGAGUCCUAAAGUGGUUUCCGCCAUGAAGGACUGCGUGGAGGAGUUGAUAGAUUCGGUGGACGAACUUCGCAAGUCCAUGGGCGAGAUGAACAACUUUAAGGGCGGCUUUAAUUUUCUGCUCAUGAUAAACGACAUACAAACUUGGGUUAGUGCGGCUUUAACGGAUGAAAGUACGUGCAGUGAUGGCUUUGCAGGGAAUGCCAUGAAUGGGAACGUGAAGACCCUUGUGCGGGGAAGGAUCGUGAACGUGGCACAACUCACUAGCAAUGCCUUGGCUUUGAUCAAUCAAUAUGCCGCUCUCCAUGGUUAAUUAAUUAGCUUAAUUCUAGUGAGAUUAUCGUACUAUUAUAUAGUUGUGUACUAUAAUCAGAAGAAACAAUAGUGUGGAUAUUGCCUCUGCGGCAUCAUAUUUGUAGUUGUAGUUUUGUGUAUGAAGUUGGUGUAUCUUAUAUAUUAUAUGCUGGAUGGAGCUAAGCUCUUAAA